CAUUAUUUGAAUAAUAUUUUAGAGAAAUAUGACUAUAAAAGCAAGAACUUUGCGAUUCUAAAAGUACAUCGGUAUGAAAGAAAUACAGUGGCAGAAAAAUUUAUAUGAAAAUUAUGGCUUGUCGGAUAAUUACACAGACAGAUCCUUUUUAGAACAACUACGUAAAAAUAUAAAACCAAAUAAUGUAACAUUGAUUGAAGCGAUAAGUUUAGGUGCAAGUAUAUCCAUACAAUUGAGCAUUGUAGUACUUUUUGUCAUAAUAUUUAUUUGGUUAAAUAACGAGUGGAUCACGCCAAAUGUUAUUGUAAUAUCAGGGGGCAUAUUAACAAUUUUUGGGUAUUUUAUUUACAACAUCAAAAUAUCCAAUCGACCUGCGAAAUUGACAAAAGAUUUAUGGACAGUAUUAAUAUUUCUUACAUUUGGUUACAUAUUAUCGCCUAUUUUGAAAACUUUAACCGAAACGAUUAGCACAGAUACAAUUUAUGCUAUGACGAUAUUAAUGUUCUUGACUCAUUUGACAUUUAGCAAAUACGGUUCAUCACAAAUCUCUUUGUCAGAUUCCUUAUCCAUAACUUCUUCAAUUUUUGGCUCGCUAAUGUUAGCUUCUAGAUUAACAUCUCCAUUACACGCUUUUUCACUUUUAACAGUUUCAGUCCAAUUUUUUGUAUUAUUACCAUAUUUGUUGUCACAAAUAAAUAAUAAAAUUGUUAUAUCAGUCCUUUUGACAAUUGGUACCAUACAUUUGCUUUUAUUUGUUUCACAAACAUUUUCAUACGUUUUUAUUAUUGCUAUAAUAUUUCUCCAUCUUAUUUGUCCACUUUGGUAUAUCAGAUGCCAAAAAUAUAAAGAUAACAUUUAUGGUCCAUGGGAUGAAGCAGUAAUAGUUUCAUAAAACAAAUAAAACUAAACUUUUCUGUAAAAUAUCUAAAAAUAUGUACAUAUGUAAACAUGUAAUCCAUUAAAUUUGCAUUAUAUAUGUGUACUUUGAAAUA